AUGGCAAAACAGGAUGGAGUGACUUUAGUUGGAAUAGGGAAGGAGUCACUAAGUCCUUUACAUAGUGAUGGAAAUGUGAGGAUUGUUGCAUUUUUUACACUUUUUUAUUAUCAUUGCACAAAAAUACAUCUUUUUAAAUGUGAAGAUAAACAAACGAUACGGUUCAAGUUGAGGAGCUACCAGUUUUCUUUGGCCUUCAUAUUUGCUGUUGAGGAGAUCAACAGGAGCACUCACAUUUUACCCAACAUAUCUCUAGGAUUUGAGCUCUACAAUGUAGAAAACAAUCUACGGGAUAUUAUGCAGCAAGGUUUUUUUUGUCUCACAGGAAUGGGAAUAAACAUUCCCAAUUACACAUGUAGAAGGAAGAAAAAGGCUAUUGCUUUACUUACAGGAACUGAAUGGGAAACAUCUGUACAAGUUGGGAGACUGCUGAAUCUCUACAAAUAUCCACAGAUUACUUUUGGGCCAUUUGACACUAUGCUAAGUGACAGAGUCCAGUUCUCUUCUCUCUACCAGACAGCACAAAAUGACAUGUCUCUGUCACAUGCCAUUGUCAUUUUGAUGGUUCAUUUCAACUGGACCUGGGUGGGACUGGUCCUCCCAGAUGACCACCAUGGGGCUGAGAUUCUACCACACUUGAGAAGAGAGAUGGACAGGAACAGAGUGUGUGUGGCUUUUGUAGAAAUGAUUCUGGACAGCCAGAUUUACUCACACUAUGACACCAGAUCAAUUCAUCGAAAUAUCCAGAAAUCAUCUGCAAAUGUUGUCUUCCUUUAUGAUGUCAUUCACUAUUUAUAUUGUCUAAUAUUAUGUAUACAAAUACAUUCAAUUACUUGGGAAGUCUGGAUCAUUAAGACACAAUGGGAUGUAACUACUGAUGCUCCUUAUUUCGUAUUUGAUCCAUUCCAUGGUAGUCUCAUUUUUGCACAACACCAUGCUGAGAUUUCUGAUUUUAGGAAGUUUAUCCAGACAUACAGGCCUUCCAAAUAUCCAGAAGACUAUAUUCUCGCUCUUCUGUGGAACAUACAUUUCAAUUGCUCAUUUUCUGGACCUGACUGUAAAAUUUUGGAUAACUGUCUACCCAAUGCUUCCUUGGAAAUGUUGCCUGGAAAUGCUUUGGAAAUGGAGAUGACUGAAGAGGGUUACAAUGUAUAUAAUUCUGUAUAUGCUGUGGCUCACAGUCUCCAUGAGAUGACUAUGAAACAAAUACAAAUUCACCCCCAUGAAAAUACCCAUCCUUGGGAGCUUCACCCUUAUCUCAAGGAUAUCCAUUACAAAAAUGGUGCUGGAAAACUUAUGGUUUUGGAUUCACAAAGGAAAUUAGAAACAGAAUAUGAUAUUCUCAACCUCUGGAAUUUUCCAGAUGGUCUCAGACAAAAGAUGAAAGUUGGAAUAUUUUCUCCCAAAGCUCCACAGGGCCAAGAACUCUUCUUGUCUGACCAUAUGCUACAGUGGGCUACAGGAUUUGCAGAGCCUCCUCGCUCUGUGUGCAGUGAGAGCUGUGUUCCUGGAUUCAGAAAAUCCCCCCAGGAGGGCAAGGCUCUCUGCUGCUAUGAUUGCACUCCUUGUCCGGAUAAUGAGAUUUCCAAUGAGACAGAUAUGGAUCAUUGUGUGAGGUGUCCUGAAAGUCAUUAUGCAAACACAGAGCAGAACCAUUGCCUCGAGAAAGCAGUAACUUUUCUGGCCUAUGAAGACCGUUUUGGGAAGGUACUCACCUACUUGGCUUUGGGCUUCUCUUUAUUAACAGCUGAUGUUCUUGGGGUCUUUGUGAAGUAUCACCACACUCCCAUUGUUAAGGCCAACAAUCAGGCUCUCUCUUACAUCCUGCUCACCAUUCUGACCUUCUGUUUUCUCUGUCCAUUGCUAUUCAUUGGCCAUCCCAACACAGCCACUUGUAUCCUGCAGCAGAGCACAUUCGCAGUUCUGUUCACUCUGGCUCUCUCCUCAGUCUUGGCCAAAACUGUUACUGUAGUUCUGGCUUUCAAGAUCACAUUUCCAGGGAGACUGAUAAGAUGGAUAAUGAUAUCAAGAGCUACUAAUCUUAUUAUUCCUGUCUGUACCCUUAUUCAACUUGUGAUCUGUGGAAUUUGGCUGAGCACCUCUCCUCCAUUUAUUGACUCAGAUGCUUACACUGAACAUGGCCACAUAAUUAUUCUAUGCAACAAGGGCUCCACUAUUGCUUUCCAUUCUGUCCUGGUAUACCUCUGCUGCAUGGCACUUGGGAACUAUGUUAUGGCUUACCUAUCAAGGAACCUGCCUCACACAUUCAAUGAAGCCAAGUUCAUCACUUUCAGCAUGUUGGUGUUCUUCAGUGUGUGGAUCACUUUUCUCCCUGUCUACCAUAGCACCAAGGGGAAACUCAUGGUGGCCAUGGAAGUCUUCUCUAUCUUGGCUUCCAGUGCAGGUCUCCUAGGAUGUAUCUUUCUCCCCAAGUGCUAUAUUAUUUUGUUCAGACCACAUAGGAAUGUGCUUCACCAUGUCAGGAACAAAGGACAUUGUGGAAGAAAUGUGAAUCUUACAGUUUAG